ACCGGAACGCAAUCUCGUUAGCGCUGGUUCACAUUACUUGGAAGAACACUAAAAGAAAGGAGGAAAAGAAGCAGCAGGGAAUAUAUUGUUUUGUAUUCAGGGGCCCACAUACGUCCAGCUAACCCGCUGAAACGCGAGAAAGAGCGGUGAAAAGGGCUGUAAGCCGGACGGCGUCAGCGGCUCUCGCAGCACCGUGGAAUGUGGGUGUCUACAGGGGUCCUACCUUCCGCCUGGCAGCAGUGACGGGCACAGCGACAGUGGUGCCAACACACAGCCAUCUCAUGAGCUUUCUGUCAGCCUGAGCUGUCUGCUGUGGGCCCGGGCCUGGUUUCUCUGGAUCUCUGCAUCCCCAGUGCUGCAGUUAUGGAUCACCCAAGAGAGAAAGAGGGCGAGAGGCCAGCUAGAAGCAGUAAAGUAGCCCAGGUGCGGAGCGGACACACGCGGCCCUCCAGUUCUUCCACAUCAUCUGGUGUGCUCAUGGUAGGACCAAACUUUCGUGUGGGAAAGAAGAUUGGCUGUGGAAACUUUGGAGAGCUAAAACUCGGGAAGAACCUCUACACGAAUGAGUAUGUCGCUAUCAAGUUGGAACCUGUGAAAUCCAGGGCCCCACAGCUACAUUUGGAGUACCGGUUCUACAAGACAUUAGGGAGCACAGCUGAAGGCCUGCCCCAGGUAUACUAUUUUGGGCCGUGUGGGAAAUACAAUGCCAUGGUGCUGGAGCUGCUUGGCCCCAGUCUGGAGGACCUCUUUGACCUGUGUGACCGCACCUUCUCCCUCAAGACGGUCUUAAUGAUUGCCAUUCAGCUGAUCUCUCGUAUGGAGUAUGUGCACUCGAAGAACCUCAUCUACAGGGAUGUGAAGCCAGAGAACUUUCUCAUUGGGCGACAAGGGAACAAAAAGGAACACAUCAUUCACAUCAUAGACUUUGGCUUGGCCAAAGAAUACAUCGACCCUGAAACCAAAAAACACAUUCCGUACCGGGAGCACAAGAGCCUCACUGGCACAGCCCGAUACAUGUCCAUAAAUACACAUUUGGGGAAGGAGCAAAGUAGACGAGAUGACCUUGAAGCCUUAGGUCACAUGUUCAUGUACUUCCUCCGAGGCAGUCUCCCAUGGCAGGGACUAAAGGCUGACACAUUGAAAGAACGAUAUCAGAAAAUCGGAGACACAAAGCGGAACACUCCCAUUGAAGUUCUCUGUGAGAACUUUCCAGAGGAGAUGGCUACUUACCUACGCUAUGUACGGCGGUUGGAUUUCUUUGAAAAGCCAGACUAUGAGUACUUGAGGACCUUAUUCACUGAGCUGUUUGAGCGAAAAGGAUACACAUUUGAUUACACCUAUGACUGGGUUGGCAGGCAAAUUCCCACACCAGUUGGAUCUGUACAUGUAGACUCAGGAGCAUCAGCCGUCACCCGUGAGAGCCACGCACACAGAGAUAGGCCAUCUCAGCAUCAACCCUUGAGGAACCAGACGGCCGCCUCAGACCGCAGAGGAGCAUGGGAGGUGCAGCCCAACCGCCAGGCAAACUCCUAUCUGACCUCCCACCUGGCAUCGGACAGGCACGGGGGUUCAGUGCAGGUGGUAAGCUCGACUAAUGGGGAACUGAAUGCAGAUGACCCGUUGGCAGCCCACUCCAAUGCUCCAAUCACCGUGCAGGCAGAGGUGGAAGUGGUGGAUGAAGCAAACUGCGUGAAAAUGCUCAACCUGUGGUGCUGCUGCUUCUUCAAGAGGAAGAGGAAGAAGAACACCCCGCGGCACAAAUGAUCCGGCAGCCUCUGCACCCUGUGCCCGCUUUUGGUUGUUUUAAGAGUGUUUAAUAAAGAAAUUUUAUUCAAAAGAAGACAACAGAAUGCCCUCAAGAUGAAUAGCCUCAAGGGUACCUACCUAUGAGAUACAUGCACAUAUUGUCCCUCUGGGGAAAUGGAAAAGGAUGCCAGACCUCAUGGAUGGGUUCCUUGAGUUGGGAUAUAUACGCACGCAUUUGGAUCUCAAAGCACUGGAACAGCGUUUCACUCCUUCGUUUGCUGUCAUGCUUCUUGGUUUUCUUAUGUCCCCCCCGAACACUUCCCCAGUCCUUCUUCGGUGGAAUUGGCAAUGAUGGUAAUGACCUCUGUGAACCAGCUCUGGAGAGGUUUGGAGGGAGCAUCCAUCAGCCCGAAGAGCCUUGCCCAUGCUGGAUUUCACCCACUGACGCUUCUCUACUACAUGCUCUUCUACACCCUCUUUCACUACACAACACAGAGUGAGGCUGCUAACGGCCAGCCUGUCCCUUUUCACCCCCCACACUUGUCUUCUUUUCAUGUCUCAUUGCUUCUUCACAUCCUGACUGUGUGGUCAAAGCCUUAGAAUAUUGAUAGUAGCGCUCCUUUGUGUUACCUAUUGAAUCAAAUUAGCAUAAGCAUCUUCAGCGAAAAAGCUAACUGUCUUAACGAUGCUAACAGGCCUUUCCGUGUGGACUAUGUAAAUUGUGUGAAAUAAGCAGCCAUGUGUAAAGUGGUAACAGGGGCUGUUUUGGUAACUUUGUCUUCAUGGCCUUUGACCCUCAUGGCAAUGUGCUGCCUUGCUCUUUUCUGAGGUGGAGAAAGCGAGAUGGAGCGAAGCUUCAAGGGCCCGGGUUCGGGCCCCGGCCCGGUGCAAAUGUGAGCCUCAGCACAUUCCUCAGUUCUAGUGAAUGGUAUUUAAGCUGCUUGUUCUAAAGCACUCCACCCACUAUGACCUACCAGCCAGUCAUGCUGCUUUUUCCUCUUGUGAUAUCGCAUCGCUUUAACGUGAAACUGGCUUUUUUUUGUCCCUAUUAGCUGGGAUUUCAGAGCUGAACUUGCCAGUGAAGCUUUUUGCUCCUCUUGCGCUCUGUGGUUCUCUUUGUAUCAGAAAACACGUUCUCACUGCUUUUUCUUUCCUUGUCGUCAUCUUAUUUCCAGGACCCAGCCCCUGGCUUGAAUGUGUUGUUUCUUGAGUUUCUUUAUGAUAUAUACCUAUUAUAAUGCCAUAUAAAUGUAAAUUAUUCCCAAGGAGAAUAGUAGACGUGCAGUUACAGUUAACGGGUGACAAAUUCUUUUUAUGUCGCUAUAGUACAUGCGCCUUCAGAACAUGCUUCUGAAUGUGUCUGAAUGGAGAAUCAGGUAGAUGUAUAGGGAACUUGUUCUGAAAAUCAUUCGUAAUAAUUUAGCAAUGGCUGUUUAGGACAUGUUUCCUUGGCUUAUAGCAGUUUUGCUGGGUAUUUUCAGUCGCUCAGAACUCCAAUCCGCAGUAGAAGUCUUUGAGGGACUUUGGAGGAUAUACAGACUGAUGGGAGGAACUGGAGCACCAUCUCCAACUGCCACUGCAAAACUUCUCGGUUUAAUGCCUUAACAAACUCUACACUACACAGCAGGUCCCUAGGGCUCUGCAGAAAGACACUACGGAACUCCUCCCUUGCCUUUAUACUCAUGGUAGACUAGUGGUCAAGGUCCAGUAAUGCAGCAAUGGGGCAUUUGAAUCCUGAACAGCCAAACCCACUCAAAUUAAGAUGAUCACAGAUUACGGCACGAAAAUUGAGUCCAGGUCGAUAUUUAGCAAAUACUGCAUAAGUGACUGCAUGUUUUUUAUUUGGCUUUUUAUUUUUUAUUAUUAUUAUUUUAUUUUAUUUUAAACAUGUUGGUCUCUUUUCCAUUUGUAAAUGCUCUUGAGUCAUGUACUGGUCAUUAGAGGCUCAGUAGGACAGCCCUUGAUCUCUAAUGUAUAGGAUGAGGCAGUCCUUAGAGCCCAUGAGUUCCAUUCAAAUUUGGGGCUUAGAUUUGGGCUCGAUUAUGUUCCCAAGGGGUUUUGUGCUAGAAGUACUGUAGUCCUUUUUAUUUUUGCAGAACAAAAUGGCAUAAUGGCUUUUAAAGAAUGGAAAUUAUAAUCUCAGUGGUGAUGUUGCCUUUCUUCAGUGAUCGCCUGUCCACAGCAUAAUUCCAUGUUUGUGAUCCUUUUUAAUGUGUAGUAAAUGUGAAUUGAAAAGUGUAAGAAAUUAUAUAACUUUUUCUUUUUGUUUUUUGGUUUUGUUCAUCACCUGGCCAUACAAAUGUUGGGAGCAGAGAAAGAGGGACCAUGGGAGAGUUUGACUGCACUACACUUUCUUUAACCCAUUGUUUACCUUAACUGUCAAUUGCCUGUACUGUUAUGUACCCUUACUGUUGCGCAUUGGACACCCUGAGAUCAUCCUUUAGGUCACAGCCUUUGAGAAGUGGUGGAGAAGGGUGUUUCCAGAGCUCUGUGCAGAUACUGAUACUGGUGGGUCCACUGUAUGACUUCUAGUGAAGUGUAGCAGAAGGAGAAAUUACUGAGGGAAAUGUGACUUGCUGUAGUGAUCCAGAUAGAUGAUGGUCAGAAAGACAUUGGACCAAAUUUGUACCUUGACGGGGGGCACAACAUAUAUAUAUAAUAUAUAUUUUUUUUUAUUAACUUUUUUAUUUUUACACUAGAAGAACUAGUGGUGAUAUUGAACCAGACUGUCCAAUUCCAUUGCUUGCUUAUUGGGCAUCAUUGACUAAACAUCUUGUAAUAAAUGUGUGUUGGGCGUCCCUCAAGAGUCUCACACAGGCCCUCCCGAUUUUUUAUUUAUUUAUUUUUUAAUUUUAUUUUUAAAGAAGCAUUUGUCAUCUUUUGGAUUCUUGAAUGAACGUAUAUGCUUUAUAUGUGAUCCCCAUCAGUACCUGGAUAAAAUCAGAAAGUUGUCCAUGCAGAUGUGACCCAGGGUUGGGGCAGCAGAGGGAGGGCGGCCAACCUGCCAUGUAACCAGUGUAUGCAACAUUACUGUGCAUUGUGAGCAAUAUUUCAGAGGCUUAGGUUAUAUAGAGUUUUAUCUUAUGCUCAUCCAGUGUGACGUGAGUCACUGUGGUUCUAAAUUAUUUUGUGAAAAGUACUUGAAUACUACUUUACUACGUUGAAAAUUCCAGUUGCCGAACGUCUCCCAUUGGUGUGUUGGGAGAGGCUUCUUUUGAUGUUUCUUUUUUUUAAUUUAUCUUUUCUUGUAUUGCAUAUUAUUAUGUGCCUCCACAUGAGUGUUUGGUGAGGAUUUAGUAUUUUUUGGACAUGUAAUGCUUGCUGCUGUCGGGUGUGUCUGUGUGCUCGCUUAAGGGAGAACGACUCCUCACACUCCUCGUCCCAUGCGCUUCCAUUACCUGACGCCAGGAUAAUGCAGUGUCUGAACAAGGGUAGUAACUUGGCUGCGUUGUAGAUUAUGGCUGACCUUAUUUGGCCUAAAUCCUCUGUCCUGAUCCAAGAUCAUUGUUAGUUAGGUUGUAGAUUAAAUCCAGAUACAGACCAUCUAGAUUAAAUCCAAACCUUGAUUUCCUGGGGACGGGGACGACUUGUAAGGCUUUUAUAAAGAUGGAGCAGCUUGUAUCGGCUGGUUAUGUUAGCGGAAAAGUGAGUAGAAAAUGUAAGUGUAGGGCGCCAUCUGCUGGCCAAUUAUCUGUAAUCUGCCUCUAUGAAUGCUACUCUAGACACUGAAAUCAGACAUUCUGCAUAUGAAUUACUAUUGAGCUUUGCAGAACUUGUUCCUUUUUACUGGGCUCUUGGCUGAGGCCAUCAUAAUGACUACUAGCUCUCAUCAAUGCAAAGUAAUGACUAUUUCAAACCAACACAACUUGCAUCUUUUAAUUGCUUCUGUUUUGUAAUAGUAGCCCACAUUUAAUACCCUUUGCACUCUUAACACACACAGUGUAAGGACCUUCAUAAUAAGGCUCAUAAUGAGCCUGUCCCUUAAUGUUGAAUUCUUUAUGGUCAAGAUGAACCUGAAGAACCAAACUCUGUUCCAUAGCGUUCCAACAGCAGCCAUUAUAUCUCUACGAGGAAAUGUCUUAAGGGGAUAAUUGGCAAAUACUCGUAUAGUACCAACAUUAGGUGGAAGCUCAGUGUUCCUGCAGUCUGUUAAUGUGCAUGGCUUUACGGAUAAGAAAGCAUCGGUUAAAUUCGUGUAUGUGGGACUUUAUUUGAUGUUACUCUCUGGGCAUGAGAUUUCUACAUGUUCUGUUCACAGUUGCAAUCACAGCUUCUAUACAAGCUGCUUUGAGUUUUCACAUCUUUUAAGAUCAGCGUUAGUCCUGAAAGUUAUUUCCAUAGCAUAUUCUAGUUUACUGUACACUGUUAUUUGAUUGCCGUUGUGCAACAAAGCCUUUUUCCCCUCUUUUUUUUGUCUCUAACAUGGUUAAAUUGGUUUGUAAAUCUGUUGAACAAAAGAGUUUAAUGUGAACAGAUUUGUAGGUCUGCUUAUAUGACACAUUCUUUAAUGAACUGUGUAUUGACAGGAGUUUGGAUUGGACAGAGCUGCAAUAUUUUCAGUUGUUGUCAUCAACAUUGUAUCACCACUUUGUUUCCUCUCAGUGUUUCUUCAGCAAGAUUCUGUGAGACAAAAAAGCUUUCUUCUAAAAUAUGGAACAUUUGAAUUGUACAGUCAUGAAAGACAAGUCCCUUUUCUGGUUCUGGCCACAUUUUCAAAGAUACUAUAAAAGCAGUGAAUCUGAAAUUGUAUCAAGACUUUGUGUUGAAAUAUGAAUGUUAAUGUAUUUGAAUGGUUUCACUUAGUCAAGGGCUUCAAUUGUGAGGGACUCAUCUUUGUUUCUCCAGUUUAACACUACUACUUUUUUUUGAGUUGCAGAAAGAUAAAGGUCUUAAUCUUAAAUGCCUAUUUUUUUUCUGAGGAGUCAUAUGAAGUACCACAUUUAACCUUUCAAAAUUCAAUUUUUAUUCCCUCCACUCUUAAAGGGAAACUCAAGUUUGCACCCUUUUUUAUGUAAAAUAAAAGAAAUUGUCUCAACUUCUA